AUGAUCUCAACAAAGAACCAAACAUCACCCCAGUCCCGUAAACAGGCUGUGGCUGAGGCCUCCUCAUCCCGAGUCGUCCCCAAGCCCGUGCCAGAGUCGCAGGCCCAGGAUCCGAGGACGUAUCAGAUCGAGCAGCUCCGCCGGAGGUACUCACCCAAAGAGUCUACCGCCCCGGACGGCGCAACCUCGCUCGUCUUCAACAUCAAACCCUCCGAUCCCGACUUUCCCUUUGAGUUGGCUCAUCUCCAGUGUGAUGUCCGCGUCCCGCAGGCGUAUCCGGAUGAGAUGCCGGUGUUGCAUGUCAAGAACAAGGACAUCCCCAGGGGUUUCGGUAUCAACAUUGAGAGAGGAUGGGACAGGCUUGUUGAGGAGAGGCCACGGGCUACUCUUCUAGCUCACACGCGCGAGUUGGACAAGAAUCUGGAAAAGUUCCUGUCUGAGCAAAAGGCCGAGACAGUCAAGCUCGUGACCUUUAGAGACACGAGACACUUGGACGCACAAGAGGCCAAGACAGAGCCCGAGCCCGAGCCCGAGCCAGUUCAGCCCCCAAAGUCUGCGUCAAAGCCUGCGCCUCUGCCGUAUGUCCCAGAAGCGUCUUACACAAAAGAUGAAAUUGCCGCCGCCAAGGAGCGCAGGGCUCUUGAAGCCCGACAGCUUGAGGCGCGGAUGAAGCGGACACAAGAGUAUCGUCGCUCGCCUGAUGGUAUCGUCUAUACUCUUCCUCUUGAGCCACAGAGGCGGUCAGAACUGCCACCGGGGCUGCAGUCCGUCAGAAGUCUUCACUUGAUUAUCCCAAUAAUCUAUCCCCUGCAGAACCUCCGCAUCCAGCUCAAUAAUGUUGAGCCCGAGGACGCAGAGCCGGUGGAGGACCUCUUCUGUGAAAAGGCGGCAGCCCAACCCCAGAUGACUCUCAUGAGCCAUCUUAAUUACCUCGCACAAAACCUUCAUAAGCUCGCCAAACAGGCACAGGCACAAGCCCAAGCCUGGGCUCAAGCUGAGGCUCAAGCUGAAGCACUCAAGGCAGAGGCAGCUAAAUCGGCACCCCAAGCUCAAGACGAUGCAGAGGAGGCUGGCUCAAAGACGGACACAAGCCACAUCCAGGUCAUCCCUCGACCUCCCGAGUGGAGUUAUGUCUAUGGAGAAGACUCGGAGGAGAGCUCUGAUUCUGAUAAUGCUGGUGAUGGCGGUGUCUCUCUGGAGGAGGAACAUCCUCCCGUGCCGGGUGAAACCCCUGAGCGCGGUACUAUGGUGUCGUUUCCCUCCAUCGAGCUGCACAAUAUCGAGAUUCUGCAGAUUUCGAUCCUGGGCAUCACCGUCAAAUGCGAUCGAUGCAGAACGGUUAAUGAAGUCUCGGGCUUAAAGCCUGAUGUUGAAAAGACGUCGAGCUGCAAAAAGUGCGCCACUCCGUUUGCCGUCAAGUUCCGGCCUACGCUGGUUCACGAGCAUUCGUCUAGGGCAGGCUUCCUUGAUCUUGCAGGUUGCAAGGUGGCAGAUAUGCUACCAAGCACCUUUGUCCCAACUUGCGCAAGGUGCUCGACACCCAGCUCCGGCCUCGUUUCGGUCAGGGGUUCGACGGUAACAAACGUCUGCCGGGACUGUCACGGGCACUUCACCUUCAAGAUUCCCGAAGUCAAGUUCCUCUUCAUCACACCCGGCUCCCUUCCCCCACCGGCGACAGGUCCGCGCCGGAAACAGGAGAAGCUUGGCUUACACGCGGGAGAUCCGUUGCCCGGCCGGGGAGCCUGCCCGCACUACCGCAAGUCGUACCGGUGGUUCCGCUUCUCGUGCUGCAGCCGCGUUUUCCCUUGUGAUCGUUGCCAUGACAAGGAGUCUGAUCAUAUCAACGAAUGGGCGAACCGGAUGAUCUGUGGGUGGUGUAGCCGUGAGCAAAACUACGCCGUCGAAGCCUGCGGCUUCUGCGGAAGGAGUGUCAUUGGAAGAAAGGGCAAGGGGUUCUGGGAGGGCGGAAGGGGGACCAGGGACCAAAGGACCAUGAGUCGAAAGGACCCGAGAAAGCACAAGAGGAUUGGAGGUUCUGCAAAGGAUACAAAGCCCUAA